GUGAGCGGCGCUAUGGCUGAUGAGAAGAAAGCACAGCAAGCCUCCAAGAAAGGCGCGAAGAAAAUCAUCAAGAAGGCGCCAGCGAAGGGCGGCAAGAAGAGGAAGCGGACCAGGAAGGAAAGUUACGCCAUAUAUAUCUACAAAGUGAUGAAGCAGGUUCACCCCGACACCGGCAUCUCCUCCAAGGCCAUGAGCAUCAUGAACUCGUUCGUCAACGAUAUUUUCGAGCGCAUCGCGGGGGAGGCUUCCCGCCUGGCCCAUUACAACAAGCGCAGCACCAUCAGCUCCCGGGAGAUCCAGACCGCCGUGCGGCUGCUGCUGCCCGGGGAGCUGGCCAAGCACGCCGUGUCGGAGGGUACAAAGGCGGUGACCAAGUACACCAGCUCCAAGUGAAGGACGGCAUCGCACUGAAACAAACACAUCCACAACCCAAAGGCUCUUCUAAGAGCCACCCACAAUUUCCCUGAGACAGCUGAACCAUUUCUUUGAGUUUGUUUCAGUUUGCAUGUGAUUCUUGAUAAGGCAUUUUAACUUGUGCCACAUGUUUUUAUGUUAAUAAGUGCUUUGCAAAUUAUUCGGGAGUGGGGUGGAGAGAGCAGAUCAGGCGCCAGU